GCGCCCCCUGCUGUUCUCUACAUCUGCUCUUCAGGUUUCUGUUCUCCUCAGUCUCCGGGAUGCGGUGUCGCUGCGGUGCACACUCUCUCUGUACCUCUGAAAACACAGGACUUCUAUAUAUAUACAUCACGGCACCAAAUGUUAUGCAGUUUUGUGCCUGAGAGAUAUUCUUCACCCCACAACAAUCGCAGGAUUGAGGUUUCCAGUGAUGAUCGGCCUGUGAGUGGUUCUCAAUGGCUCAGAGAAAGAGGCCAGGGACCAACAGCAGCAUGGCCGCAGAGCCUCACGCUUCAGCUCCAUGCUCCUGCCCAGCCCAGUACCCCAACCCUAAGCACCCCGAGGAGGAGUAUGAAGAGCAUGGGGAACCUGAGGAGUCCCAACACUCCUACCACAACCAAGAAGAGGCAGAUUUGACAGACAGCCGACCGACCACACCCACUACUCCAGACCAUGGCCACAGAGAAUACCACAGCCACCCGGACAGUCUGGAUGGAGACUCUAGCUCAGACUACGUCAACAAUACGUCUGAUGAAGAAGAAGACGAUUUUGAUGAAGGGCUACCGGAAGAGGAUGAAGGCGUGACAUAUUAUAUCCGCUAUUGUCCUGAGGAUGACAGCUACCUGGAAGGAAUGGACUGUAACGACCCAGAAUACAGACACCCGGACGGUCGCAUGGAGCCACCUCCGGACACAGAGGAGUGCCAGGAAGUGGUUGAAGAAUGGGUAGAGGAGAAUGCACAUGGUGAUGGAGAGGUGCGUUGCGAAGUACUCGAGCAGGACUCUGAUCAGCAGCUUUACGACGGCAGACCCGAACCUGUUCUCGAUCACCACCACCAACACUAUCCGGAUCCCCAGCAGGACCAGAUUCCACCUCCUGUUGAAGAUCAGGAUGUGCAGGAUUUUGAGGUGAGUGAGGGCUACUGCCCUGAUCAGGAGGAAGAACCACAUGUGGGGCAAGACAGAGAUGGCUACGCAGGUGACUGCUAUGCCACAGAGGACAAUGGAAACUCUAUGCACGGGUCAGCGUACCGGGGGCAUAAAGGCACAGAGGGGGAGACGGGAGAGGAGGCGGAGGAGGAUAUUGAUCAGAUAGUGGCUGAGAUUAAGAUGAGCAUGAGUAUGGGCAGUCUUAGCAGUGGCACUGAUCAGAGCCCAGAGGAGCUGGCACCUGAUCCAGCACCAAGCGGGUACCAGCCAGAGACCCGCUCCAAACCCGAACCUGCCCCUGCCCCAUACCCUCAGCCUCACCGUCAUGACGGAAGACCCAAAUCCCUCAACAUCCCCCCUGCCAGACACAAUUCUGAGCUCCAGAGGAACUAUAAGGUACGACCUCACACACCAGAGGACAGACAGAGAUGGACACAGGACCAAGUGAGAGAGCAGGUGUCUAAUAGUGCAGAACAGCCAAGGAAGCAGCAGCGGUCUGAUCUCAAUGGACCACUGGAGAACAACAAUGUCACUGAGCCAGCAAAGAAGACGGCCUCAUUUCCCAGCUUUGUGGAUGUGCCGGGCCCAUGUGAACCUGAGGACCUCAUUGAUGGGAUUAUCUUUGCCGCCAACUACCUCGGGUCCACUCAGCUUCUGUCAGAGAGAAAUCCAUCGAAAAACAUCAGGAUGAUACAGGCCCAGGAGGCAGUGAGCCGGGUCAAGGUACAGAAACCUAGAACCUCUGUUUUUACAUUUUAUUUUGGUGUGGCUCUCAAGUGAAGCAGUUUGAAGCUAAUGCAGAUUUCUCUGUGGAGAAUUAGAUGAGAUGAGAUUUGUUUGUUUACACCCCGGGACUUGUUGACUAAUCAGUAGUUAUAGGAUUAUUUUCCGUGGUGUAGGAGUGUAAUCCCUCUUCCUCCCAUUUGGUUAACGUAGAAAGCCCUCCUGUUGCCAUGUUACAUGGAAAAUUCAAGUGAACUUAUUGUGUUUUAAGAGACCAUGUGGCGCAAUCAAACUGGGAGUUUUUUCCCACAAACCACUUCGGAUACUGAUCUUCUCCUGCAACAAUUAAAAAUAGACAAAAACAAAAGACAAAGUUCUGUAUACACUU